AUGGCGACCUACCAAACCCCAACCGCCGCCUUCUUCCUCAUCACCCUCCUUUCCCUCCUCCUCGCUCCCCGCGCCACCGUGGGCUCCCCCGACACCGUCGUCCUCGAGCUCGCCGCCCUCCGAUCAGGCUCCCCCACCGGCGUCAUCCGCCUCUCCGAUGACCUCCUCCGCCGCAUCCUCUCCCUCCCCACCCCCCGCUCCUUCCACGCCCUUAUAUUCUUCGACGCCAAGCACCUCCACGCCAAAUCCGAGCUCUCCCUCCCCGCCCUAAAAUCGGAAUUCUCCCUCCUCUCCUCCACCUCCCGAUCCAACAACCCCUCCGGCGACGGCGCCAGCCCCGACAUUUUCUUCUUCAACCUCGAAUUCCAGGAAGCUCAGUCUUCCUUCGCCGUCUUCGGCGUCAGCACCCUCCCCCACAUCCGCCUCCUCCCUUCCGCCGCCGCCGACCCCAAAAACGACUCGAUCCAGAUGGAACCCUCUGUCUACUCCGGCCGCGCCGAAGCCAUGGCCCAAUUCCUCGAAUCCCAGGCCGGAAUCUCGGUCGGCCCCAUCCGCCGCCCGCCACCCAUCUCCCGUAAGCAGAUCCUCAUCAUAGCCGCCGUGCUCAUUGUCUCGAUUCCGUACUUCAUCAGAAACCUAAUCGCCGGGAACACUUUCCUCCACCAGAAGUACGUGUGGAUGGCCGGCGCCAUUUUCGUCUACUUUUUCAGCGUCUCAGGCGUGAUGUUCAACAUAAUCAGGAAAAUGCCGCUCUUCUUAACGGACAGGGAAAACCCCACGAAGAUGGUCUACUUCUAUCAGGGCUCCGGAAUGCAGUUGGGGGCCGAGGGAUUUGCAGUCGGGUUCCUUUACUCGGCUGUCGGGCUUUUGCUGGCGUUUGCGACCCACGUGCUUGUGAAGGUGAAGAACUUGAAUUUGCAAAGGGCGUUCAUGGUGUUUGUGCUGGUUUUCUCGUUUUGGGCUGUUAGGAAAGUGAUUUUCUUGGAUAACUGGAAAACCGGCUAUGGGAUUCACGGGUACUGGCCAUCGAGCUGGAUGUGA